CAGGGAGGGCGCGAUAGUACGGCGUAAGACUCGGAACCGGUUGGUCGCGUGACGGGUGACGGCGCCACCCGAACGAUGCCGCGUACGCGUCCCGAACUUUUCCGAACUUCGAAAUUCGAGUGACAUUCGAAAUUCAAACAUUUAAAUGACUUGUCAGUGAGUGAUAAAAAGUUAGCGUGCUGGCCAGUGAUUGAACAAAAAGUUGUUAACCAUGUGAAUUGUCGAUACAGUGGAAAUUGUGCUCAAUUCGGUGGCAGUAUGGUGGAUGUUGGUGUUAAUGAGUGUGAUAACACCGCGAAUGGGAAGAACCAAUUUGUGUGUCUGGUGCUUGUGCAUUUGCUCCUUAUUGGACUGAACGGGACUAAUGCACAAAACCGAGCACCCCGCAUCAAAGAACACCCGUCCAACACGGUGUCGGGCAGAAGCGAACCUGCGACGCUGCGGUGCGUGGUGGAAGGCCGGCCCAAGCCAGUGGUACAUUGGUACAAGGAUGGGCUGGUACUGCCACCAGCUGAAGACGGACAUAGGGUCCUGUUGGAGGAUGGAUUGCUGUUUCUAAGGGUGAAUCGAGGCAAGAAAGAAAGCGACGAAGGAGUGUAUUGGUGUGUAGCAAGGAACUUGGCUGGUGAAGCAGUCAGUCAUAAUGCUUCUUUGAAUGUUGCCAUGCUCCGUGAUGACUUCAGAGCAGAGCCUACAGAUGUUGUGGUGGCGGCUGGAGAACCAGCUCUGAUGGUUUGUUCACCUCCUCGAGGUGUGCCAGAACCUUCAGUGCACUGGCUCAAGGACGGACAGCCUUAUGACGUAGAAGUGAAUGGCAGGGUGACAGUAACAGAUACAGGAAACUUAAAAAUUGUAGAAACCUUACCGACGGACAGCGGCCUAUUCCGAUGUGUGGCCUCGAACAUAGCGGGCGAACGACAGUCAAGAGCCGCCGGGCUAAUUGUUUUACGACGGCCACAUUUCGUCGUCAAACCCAAUAACAUCACAGCUUUAGUAGGACAAACCGUAGAAUUUAAUUGCCAGAGUUACGAUACGAAUGUAAAAAUAACUUGGGUUAAAGAGGAUAGUCCGUUGCCGUCGCACGCCACAAUAAUUCGAGGACUAUUGCGAUUGGAGCAUGUAUCUGCGGCCGAUGCGGGCAUCUAUUCCUGUCGAGCUGAUAGCCAAACUGGUUCCAGCAUCACGAGCGCCACUCUCACCGUUUACUGUAAGUUCGUCGCUGUUUUGGUCGAUUUUAUUACAUUCAUAAUGUCCGCCUCUAUUUUAAUACGGCCAUAUGUUUCAGCGUUACCGCACUUCACGCAGAUACCGUCGAAUUUGACCGCAUGGGAGGGCGAUGUGGUGUCGAUACCCUGUGAAGCGAAAGGGUUACCGACUCCAACAACAUUCUGGAUACUAGAAGGGAAUCAGGACUCGCUGCUAUUCCCCGAAUGCAUGAAAAGCAAUUCUAGCUUGCUGUAUUUAGAUGAGGCAAAGGCGGCGCACAGCGGUAGAGUAAUUUGCACAGCGGUCAACGCAGCUGGAAGCAUUAUGCAGGAGGCUUAUCUUACUGUGCUCAAGAAAGGGAAUAAUGAAUUAAAGGAACCCUCUUCGGGACAGGACUUAACUAUCUUGUACGAACGGGAGGCGCACAUGACGCAAUAUGAACUUGUUCAAGCGAGAAAAUAUCUGCAGCAAAAUGUUUUAGCUAUGCGGAGGGUGGAAGCAUUGUCUUCGACUUCGCUGAAAGUUGUUUGGGAUGUUUUGACGGAUUAUAACGAGUACCUAGAGGGCGUCAAAAUAUGGUAUAAUGGGACGACUCUAAAUUGGCAAACCGCUAUAACUGAGGAGUUUGCUUUACUAAAUGCUUCUCAUCCAGGAACGACCUUAUGUUCAAACGGUUCUUUGACGAACGUGGACAACAGUGGAUCGUCAAGUUACAUUUUGUCUGGACUGAUGGCGUACACUCAGUAUGAUAUAUUUGUCAUGCCAUAUUAUAAAAUGUUACUGGGGAAGCCUUCUAAUUUGAUGUCUGGCUAUACGGAAGAAGAUGUACCAUCGGCGCCGCCCCAGAGUGUGACUGCGGGUGUCAUUAACGCCACUUCAGCCUGGAUCCGAUGGGAACCGCCACCUGUGAACACUUGGAACGGGGAAAUCACGGGGUAUUUAAUCGAAAUUCGAGUAAGCGGCAGCAGCGGCGGCAGAGUGGUCGGUCAGAUGUCACUCGGGCCUCGGACCCGCGCGGCCGCAGCCAGCUCCUUGCGGGCUGGUGGGAGGUACACAGCCCGCGCUGCAGCGGUGACUAAGCGAGGACACGGCCCGUUCAGUGUCCCUGUGCAGAUACACAUGUCGCCGACACAGUCGCAGAGGCAUUAUGUGCAGACGGAACCACCAAACGACUCGAGCAUAUCCAACAUAUUCCAAGAGACGUGGCUCCUCGCGCUUGGCCUCAUAUUAUUCACCGUAAUAGCCAUCGGAGUCUUCAGCGUCUAUUACAUCAAGCGUCGCAACGGCACCCAGAGAAAGAAGUCAAAUGGUCAAUCGAUUGUGACGGCGCAACAGUGCUUACUCAAUAAGGACACGAUAUGGUUAAGAGAUCGACCAGUCUUCGCAGCUCCGAACAACCCAAGUUUGAACAUGAGCAGCUGCCACCAGAGCCUUUUACACGGCGGACAGUCGACCAGCAUUCUCAGCGUAGAGCCGGAGUACAGUCUACCACAGAAUUCCAUUCAGGGACUAGACACGUCAAGCGUCGACAGGAUGCGACGCGGCCCACCGGAGCCCUACGCUUCCAACGCUAUUUACACCGAACUCAAUUUCAAGGACAACGAGUUGGGUGAUAUGAGGAGCUGUCAAGAAAGGCGGUCGCAUAACAAUAGCAUAGUUAGAUCGUGUAACGGGAGCAUUCAGUACUCGAAUGGCGAAUGUUCGACGUGUUGUCAUAGCACUUCGAGUAGGUCGACGAAGGAUUACAGAGAGCCUAGACAUGAGGUUGUGCAUAACGAGAUAAAUGUUAUGGAGGACGAUUGUGUGUCGUGCCACACGAACAGAUCUGGGUCCAGGAGUAGACAGGACAAAAGCAAAGUGUGCCCGACGAAUGAUUUAGAGUACGACUAUCCUCAGUGGCACUGGCUCGGCAGGGAGAACAGUUUCAAAAUACCCAUACAAGCGGGCAGACACUCGAACGUGGCGAGGUCCGAACAGGGCUGUCAAAUAAAUCUAUGUGAUAUACUGCCACCGCCGCCGUACGAGAGUCCAGAGAAUAAGAACAACUAGAAGAUAGUGCUGUAUGAAUACUCUAAUAUACACUUUAUCAUUAA